AUGUGUCUGUCUGUGCCCACUCUCCCCCUCUUCUCCUUCCUCCUGUCUCGUCUUCUCAUGGCCGGUGUGUCAGUGGUGUGCUGCUGGGAGCAGGAGACACAUCCACUUCUAAACCGCCACCAACGCUUCUCACGGAUAAGUGAAGAUCAGGGGACAUCCCUCACUCAGCCAAUCAGAUCUCAGGAAUUCAAGAUGUUCUUUGCCAAACAGUUUAUUGGAGGCCUUAUAAAUGUUGUCAGUAACAUUGAUCCUGCCCAGUUUGUGCCCUCUGAACCUCCUCCACCACGCAGGCCGUUGGCUUAUGCAGAGCAGCAUGAAAAUGAUGAAGAGAGCCAGUUCCGCAAGGUUUUCCAGCAGCUGGCAGGAGAAGACAUGGAAGUGAGCCCCAACGAGCUGAUGAACAUCCUGAACAGAAUUAUUCUAAAGCAUGGCGACUUGAAGACUGAUGGCUUUACCAUUGAAAACUGCAGGAGCAUGGUGGCCGUCAUGGAUAGCGACAGCACUGGGAAACUCGGGUUUCAUGAAUUUAAGAUGUUAUGGAACAAUAUAAAAAAAUGGCAGGGAGUGUACAAGUCCUACGACAGAGAUGGAUCUGGAGUUAUUAGUGCAGAUGAGCUUCCUGGGGCAUUCACAGCGUCUGGCUUCCCAUUCGAUCAGCAGCUGUUUAACAUGAUAAUACGACGAUACAGCGAUGAAAAUGGAAACAUGGAUUUUGACAAUUAUAUCGGCUGUCUUGUGAGGCUGGAUGCCAUGUGCCGUGCCUUCAAAACGCUGGAUAAAGAUGGCAAUGGAACCAUCAAAGUCAAUGUUCAAGAGUGGCUCCAGCUGACCAUGUACUCUUGA